AACGUAUGAACUGUCUCCCAAAAGAGAACGAAAUCUCUCCCACUACUCUCACUCUCCUCAUCACAAAAUCGCCAGAAAUACAAAUCCCUAGGCCUAUUCCUAUUGAGUGUCAACACAUGCACACUGUCGCGCACAGUUAUCACUACCGCACUCUUUGUCAUACUCGCACGCACAUACCCAGAAAAAAAAUAAUGGAAAGGGGCAACCUGAUGGUGAUUCUGAUUAAAUCCCACUAAUAGUCAUAUUUUUUGGGAUUUUUUUGUUAAUUAAUGGCGUCGUCGAAGCUGGUGCCGUCGCGGAAUUUAGAUCUCAAGAGAAAACUUUCUGGUUGUGCUUCGGGUUCUUCUACGAGGUUGAUUGAUUUCUUGAGAAAUUCUUAUGUGGAUACUGAUACGGGCUCGGACUCUGACCCGGUUACGGAGGGGGAAGGUUCUAGUACUUUGUUGAAUGCGGAGAUUACGUUGCUUGAUGCUGCCGGAGCUGUGACUCCGAUAAGUGAUUGCGAAGUGGGGAACGUGGAGCCCCCUCGUGCUAUUAGGAAGACGGUUGAUGAUGUCUGGAGGGAGAUUGUGGCUGGAAAGAAGAGGCAGACCGAGCAGGUGCCCAAGCAGGAGAUGAUGACUCUGGAGGAUUUUUUGGUGAAGGCAGGGGCCGUGGAGGGUGAGGCCAGUGGUGCCGGGGCAGGAGUGACUGUGGAGGUGAAGGAGGAGAUGAUGAGUGGUGGGAUUUAUGGGCAUGAAAAUUCUCCUGUGGUGGGAAUGGCGACUGGGUUAGAGAUAGGAGUGGAUGUUGGGGAUUUUGGGAACGGGAGAGGGAGAGGAAAGAGGACCAUGAGCUUGAUGGAACCUUUGGAUAAGGUGGCACAACAAAAGCCAAGGAGCUUGAGCUUGUUAGAACCGUUGGAUAAGGCGACACAACAAAGGCAGAGGAGGAUGAUUAAGAAUAGGGAGUCAGCUGCAAGGUCAAGAGAGAGAAAGCAGGCCUAUCAAGUGGAAUUGGAGUCAAUGGCAGUGAGACUUCAGGAAGAGAAUGAGCAGCUUUUGAAAGAGAAGGCGGAGUGGACAAAAGAGAGGCUUAAACAGAUAGCGUUGUCUUUUCAAUUCAAAUCGUUAGCAGAAUGCCAGCUAAUGGAGAACGUGAUCCCUGUCAUGGAAAAGCGAAGACCUUCACGUUUCCUUCAGAGAGUUCGUUCUGUGCCGUGGUAAUCAGAUUCUACUGCAGAACCAUGAAGAUAUUUAAAUGCCAUUUCUCCAACGUAGGAGCAAGAUGUUAACAUUUUGUCUGCAAAAAAUGAAGAUUGGAUGGCACUUGUCAAUGCUAAAAAUGAAGAAUUAUACUAUUCAGGUCUGCCCGAUUCAGCAUCCGGACAUGCACUCUGGGUUUAAUAAGUUAUUAUGGUGAUUGCUAGUCUUGGAAAGCAGUUAUUCUUCUUGCUGUAAAGUGAAAUAGCAUAUAGUAGGAUAGAAUUGGAGUGUAUUGGUAAUGAAAUUUUUGUGUUCAGUGAAGACCAGUUUAUUAGAAGUGUUGAGCUUUAUAUAUUUACCUAAUAUCCCAUUCCCAGAUGCUAAUGUAAGGGGAGAGGGGAUUUUAAUGGCUUCUUGUAUCACUUCAGCUAAUGGCUUAUGAAUUAUGAUAGCUCCUUCUUAACGGUGUUA